GCAGCAUAUAGCCCUGGUUGAACAGCACACACCAUGCUCAGAUUUUUCCUGUUGCCUGGCUAGUGACCCCCCUACAGGAAGAUAACAGACACGCCAGGAGGGCGGAGCGGCUUGCUACACAUGUCUGGCUGCUCUUAUCAACUUAUCAUAUAAGGAAAGGAAAGUGAUUGAUUCGGAUCCUGACACCGAGGAAUCUGGGGGAAGAGAAACAAAGCAGCAUUAACGCUGGUCUGUAAAGAGAAUACAGCCCUCAGGAGUGAGCAGGGUUAUUCUUCCUACUGCCAUCUGACAGUUCACUGCAGGACAGACCCACCGGAGGGAAGACAGCAUUAACGAUCAAGUUCCUGCGGGAAAAGGAGGGAAGAGACUCCCACUGAUGGUCCUUAAACCAUGGCCGCAGAGCCCCGCAUCUGAGAGGGCAGCGUAGGACUGGGAUUCCCAUGUGCCUUCGAGUUUGCUAAGCUGCUGGUUUAUUACCAAAAGAAAGAAAGAAUGUGGCAGAUUGUUUUCUUUACUUUGAGCUGUGAUCUUGUCCUAGCCGCAGCCUAUAACAACUUUCGGAAAAGCAUGGACAGCAUCGGGAGAAGGCAGUAUCAGGUUCAGCAGGGAGCCUGCAGCUACACUUUCCUUCUGCCGGAGACAGACAACUGUCGCUCCUCUAGCUCCUAUGUGCCCAAUGCCGUGCAGAGGGACGCACCACUAGAUUACGAUGACUCGGUGCAGAGGCUGCAAGUGCUGGAGAACAUCAUGGAAAACAACACUCAGUGGCUAAUGAAGCUCGAGAAUUACAUCCAGGACAACAUGAAGAGAGAAAUGGUAGAGCUGCAACAGAACGCAGUACAGAACCAGACUGCGGUGAUGAUAGAGAUAGGGACAAACCUGCUCAAUCAAACAGCAGCGCAGACACGGAAGUUGACAGACGUUGAAGCACAAGUAUUAAAUCAGACAACAAGACUUGAACUUCAGCUUCUGGAACAUUCCCUUUCCACCAACAAAUUGGAAAAACAGAUUUUGGAUCAGACCAGUGAAAUUAACAAAUUGCAAGAUAAGAACAGUUUCCUGGAAAAGAAAGUACUAGACAUGGAAGACAAGCAUAUAGUUCAACUACGGUCAAUAAAAGAAGAGAAAGAUCAGCUCCAGGUGUUAGUAUCCAAGCAAAAUUCCAUCAUUGAAGAACUAGAAAAACAACUGGUGACCGCCACAGUGAAUAAUUCGGUUCUCCAAAAGCAGCAACAUGAUCUGAUGGAGACAGUUCAUAAUUUAUUGACCCUGAUAUCAACGUCAAACUCAGCCAAGUACUCCUUUGAUGUUAAGGAAGAGAAAGUCAUUUUCAGAGACUGUGCGGAAGUAUUCAAGUCAGGACGGACGACCAACGGCAUCUACACGCUCACAUUCCCUAAUUCCACAGAGGAGAUCAAGGCAUACUGCGACAUGGAAACCUCUGGAGGCGGGUGGACGGUCAUUCAGCGGCGUGAAGAUGGCAGUGUUGAUUUUCAGAAGACUUGGCAAGAAUAUAAACUGGGAUUUGGGAAGCCUUCCGGCGAACACUGGCUGGGAAAUGAAUUUGUUUUCCAAGUGACCAAUCAACAGCCCUACAUGCUUAAAAUACACCUUAAAGACUGGGAGGGGAACGAGGCGUACUCACUGUAUGAACAUUUCUAUCUCUCCGGUGAAGAACUCAAUUACAGGAUUCACCUUAACGGACUUACAGGGACGGCCGGCAAAAUAAGCAGCAUAAGCCAACCAGGAAAUGAUUUUACCACAAAGGAUGUAGACAACGACAAAUGUAUUUGCAAAUGUUCACAAAUGCUCUCAGGAGGCUGGUGGUUUGAUGCGUGCGGUCCCUCCAACCUGAACGGAAUGUACUACCCACAGAAGCAGAACACAAACAAGUUCAACGGCAUUAAGUGGUACUACUGGAAAGGCUCAGGCUACUCGCUCAAGGCCACGACCAUGAUGAUCCGACCAGCAGAUUUCUAGAUGCCCGCACACACCUGAGGAGUGACGGCCGCUGGUGCCAUUUUCAGAGACCUGCUCCGGAAGCUCUGAAAGACAAGGCUGCACACUGAGUCCUCUUCCACCUCAGAUAGGCAGCACGCGCUCGGGUGCCACAGGGAUCCACGUGCCCCACUUAGACCCCGUGAACCUCCUCGCUCAGACCUGCAUCCCUCCUGCACCAACACACAGCCCC